UAAAAUCUUCUCGCGAUAUUACCCGAGAAUCUCGAGCCGCAAGCUGCCGGUUCUGUAUUUAAUUUCAGCUAACGUAUUCACGCUUGUUAGAUACCGACUGUCGGAAUGUUUACCUGAAUGAUUUCGCAUUGCUGAACCCAUCUGGCGCUUCUACAGGGUACAUUAACAUCUAUUUCAGCAUAAGGGAGGCUGGGAAGACCACCAUUCAGUUUCUGAUUGUGUUUUUGGUCAGCAUGUGGUCAAAUAAAGACGUCGACGCUAACGCCAAUGAUCUGGUGAGCACAGGAGAUGACACUUUAGACAAACUGGUUAAUCAGUGGAUCAUCUGGGACCAGAAUGCAGCCACACAGGCACAGAUUAAAAGCCUGGUCCAGGAAGCUCGUGUAGAAGAACUCAGGAGGAGGCUGUGCUCAAGGAUGACCUUUGGAACAGCUGGACUAAGAGCAGCUAUGGGAGCUGGAUUUUCCCGUGUGAAUGAUCUUACUGUUAUCCAGUCAACACAGGGGAUGUAUGUAUACUUGACUAAAUGUUUCCCUGAUCUGAGAAGCAGAGGUUUGGUGGUUGGAUACGACACACGGGCACAAGAGUACAGUGGCUGCACGAGUGAACGGCUUGCAAGUUUGACUGCAGCGGUGAUGCUCAGCAAGGAUAUUCCAGUUUAUCUGUUUUCAAAAUAUGUGCCUACACCAUUUGUGCCCUAUGCUGUGAAGAAAUACGGAGCUGCUGCAGGUAUAAUGAUCACUGCCUCUCACAACAGAAAGGAGGAUAAUGGAUACAAGGUAUACUGGGAGAAUGGAGCACAGAUUUCUUCACCACAUGAUAAGGAGAUCCUGCGUUGUAUAGAACAAAAUGUAGAGCCCUGGCCUGAUUCUUGGAAUCAAGACCUAAUUAAGAGCAGCUCAUUAAGGACUGAUCCAUUGAAAGACAUUUGCUGCUGGUACAUGGAGGAGCUGAGUACACUCUGCUUCCACAGAGAGCUCAACACACAGACUCCUUUGAAGUUUGUGCAUUCAUCCUUCCAUGGAGUUGGACAUACCUAUGUCCAGAAGGCAUUUCAGGCAUUUGGCUUUCUGCCCCCUAUCCCUGUACCAGAACAGAUGAAUCCAGAUCCAAAUUUCUCCACUGUCAGCUGCCCUAACCCUGAAGAGGGAGAGUCCAUUUUGGAGCUGUCUCUUCGUCUUGCUGAGAGAGAGGGAGCGAGGAUUGUGCUGGCAACAGACCCUGAUGCUGAUCGUUUGGCUGUUGCAGAGCAUUGUGACAAAUAUAGCUGGAAGGUUUUUACUGGGAAUGAGCUGGCUGCAUUGCUGGGAUGGUGGAUGCUAUUUAACUGGAAGGAGACUCACCCAGAUCCAGCUGAAAUUGAGAACGUCUACAUGCUUGCCACUGCAGUCUCCUCCAGAAUCCUCAAGACCAUGGCAGAGAUGGAGGGCUUCCAAUUUGAGGAAACACUACCAGGCUUCAAAUGGAUUGGAAAUAAAAUCCACGAGUUAGCUAAAACAGGAAAGGAGGUCAUUUUUUCCUUCGAGGAGUCCAUUGGCUUUCUGUGCGGGAAAAUGGUCCUUGACAAGGAUGGAGUUAGUGCUGCUGUAGUUGUUGCUGAGAUGGCAGUGUAUUUGCAUACAAAGAAUAUAACACUUAACCAGCAACUUCAAAACAUCUAUGAAAUUUAUGGCUACCACAUUUCCAGAACUUCCUAUGUUAUCUGCAAUGACCCCCCAACUGUGAAAAGAAUAUUUAAACGUUUGCGCAACUUUGAAAGUGAAGGCGUUUACCCAAAGAAGUGUGGAGGAUACAGCAUUACACACAUCAGAGAUGUGACUACAGGUUAUGACAGCAGCAAACCUGACAGAAAAUGUGUUCUACCAUUGUCCAAAAGCAGCCAAAUGGUCACAUUCACAUUUCUGAAUGGAAUCGUUGCCACCCUUAGGACUAGCGGGACAGAGCCUAAAAUCAAGUACUACACCGAAUUCUGUGCACCACCUGGAAAAAGAGAUAUCUCAAGUCUUGAAGAGGAUUUAAGUAAGGUGACAUCUACUCUGCUGGAGGAGUUCCUGGAACCUGAGAAGAACAAUCUGAUCCACAGAUCAAUAUAGCUGUGUCAUAGCAGGAGCAGUCAAGCAGGCAUCUUUGUGGGUUCAUUUAAUCUUAAUGUAAUGUUAAUGCCUGAUAUGAUAUAUCUUACUAUGAAAUGUUGUUCAGCUUUAAUUAUUUUGUUAUUGCAAAGGUCUUAAGAGGUGAACCAUUACAGCAACAAGCAUGCCUCUUUCCGCUUUAUGAUUUAUGUAUCCUGACUACUAGUGUAAUUCUCCUUAAAUGUCACUUUACUCAGUAAACAAGGCUUUAUCUAUGUCUUAAAAUUAAUUAUCAACAAGAAACAAAUCAGUUUUUUUUAAUAUGUCAGUUUCUGUGUUCUAAAGUAGUGUCCUUUGGUCAUCCCCAACCUUUCACCAGAAUGCUGCACUGAAAAUUCAUUGAUUGCUAACAUUAUACAAACUACUGCAUUGCAUAUUUCUGUUAUAUAGGUAAAUAAACAUACAGAUGUGAUUACAUUGUCCCAAAUUCUGUUAUCAAACGGUCAAAAUUAAUCUACAGCUAAGGCCAACAUUAUCCCAGAUGCUGUUGGUGACAUUUUGGUGAGAUUAGUAAUUCUUGGACAGGAAAGAUCUUAAUUUUUUUGUAGAAUAUAAAUUCUUAAACAAUUCAGAAAAAGGGAAGGCACCAAAAGAUGCUGUGCUUGCAGCUCACAUUUUUUGAAUUUCACAUUUGUUCAUUAUUUGAUUAUUUAUAAUGGUGUUCUCUGAAGUUUUAUGUUCUUUGUGUAUGUGUGAUGAACAGUAGUUCAUAAGACUUUUGCUGCUUUCAAUGUACUGAAUUUUCUUUUGUAGUAUUCAGAUUGCACUACAGAUAUCUAUUUUUUUUAAAUACAUAUUGCCAAGAGAUGUUGAUAGGAUGAAUAUUUAUUUUGUGUAACUUUACAUUACACCUAUGGGCAGAAAGCAUAUGAAAAGAACAUGUUAUAUGAAAUACAUCACUAAGAAAGAAUAUUUUCAUUAUGCUUUUAUUCUAUAGAUGAGUACAAAUAAGUUCAACUGUAGUGAAUCUCCAAAUAUAUAUAUAAUAUAGUCCAUUUGUUCCAUUCACCAAUUACAUUUCUGCCUAAGUGAAUUGUAUUGAAUUAAAAAUAUACAAAUCACACUGGAGUCAGUGUU